AUGUCAACCACUUCUAACAUAACUUACGCAGAGAUUGUAUUCGCUCACAUUGAACAAACCAAUACAUUUGUUUAUAACACAAUGGUCAAAGGCUAUGUGUCAAGCUCAAACCCAAAAAAGGCCUUGCAUUUCUAUGUUAAAAUGAGAAAAGAUGGCCUUGUGGGUGAUAAUUAUACAUACCCAUUUGUGCUCAAGGCCUGUGGUAUGACGGGUGGGUUGUGGGAAGGAAGAGAGAUUCAUGGGGAGCUUAUAAAGGGAGGGUUUGAUUGGGAUGUAUAUGUGAGGAAUGGAUUGAUUGGAAUGUAUUGUAGGUGUGGCGAGAUGGGUUGCGCUACGGUAUUGUUUGUUGGAUUCCAUUGCAAGGACCUGGUAUCUUGGAAUUUCAUGUUGGGUGGUUGUGUUGGGUGUGGAGACAUGGAGGAGGCUCAGAGGUUGUUUGAUGAAAUGCCUAAGAGAGAUGUGGUUUCUUGGUCCAUUAUGAUUGAUGGGUAUGGGAAGAAAAUUGGUGACGUUAUUAGAGCUCGUGCGCUUUUUGACACCAUGCCUUUGAGAGAUUUGGUUACUUGGCAUUCUAUGAUAUAUGCUUACACAAAGGCUGGAGAUAUGAUAGCAGCUCGCCAGUUAUUUGAUGAGAUGGAGGAGAAAAAUGUGGUUUCUUGGAGCAUUGUGAUAGAUGGCUAUGCUCAGCAUGGAAAUCCUAAGGAAGCAUUGAAUAUGUUUAGGCAAAUGCUUUGCAAAGGUGUGAAGCCAGACAAGAUAUCUAUGGUUGGUGCAAUAUCAUCUUGCGCCCAAUUGGGUGCACUGGAUCAAGGAAGAUGGAUUCAUAUGUACAUGAAGAAGAACAGAAUGCAGUUGGAUGUUGUUGCUAAAACUGCCCUGGUAGACAUGUAUAUGAAAUGCGGAUCUAUUAAUGAGGCUUGCACAAUGUUCAAUAGCAUGAUAGAAAGAAAUGUUAUUACUUGGAAUGUCAUGAUUGCCGGACUUGGUAUUAAUGGCUUAGAGAAGGCAGCUUUGGAAUAUUUUGCUCGAAUGGAAAUGAGAGGAAUUCGAAUGGAUGAUUUGAUUUUUGUCAGUGUCCUUACUGCAUGUAGUCAUGCAGGUUUUGUAGCUGAGGGUCUCAAUAUCUUUGACCGGAUGAGAACUCAUGGGAUUGAACCCAAGCUUGAACACUAUGGUUGCUUGAUUGACCUCCUUGGCCGAGCAGGAAAAUUAAAUCAAGCUCAAAUUGUUAUACAGACCAUGCCUAUGAAACCCAAUUCAGAAUUGUGGGGUUCUCUUCUUUUGGCAUGUCAUACUCAUAGUAAUGUGGCUCUUGCUGAAGUUGUAGUGGAGAGACUUGUAGAGCUCAAAGCUGAUGACUCUGGAGUUUAUGUUCUUAUGUCUAAUAUUUAUGCAAAUGCUAGAAUGUGGGAGUGUGCCCUGAAGAUACGAAAAUUGAUGAUGGAAAGAAAAAUGAGGAAGGAAACUGGUAAGAGUGUAAUGGAAGUAGAUGGUGAAAUCGAGGAAUUCAUUAGCGGUAAAAAACCUCAUAUUCAAUGUGAGGAAAUAGAGAGUUCUUUGGAGUCUAGCGAAGGUGGUAAUGUUGGCAGAAUCCUGGAAUGA